AUGCAACGGAUGAUCAAGGAAACUCUGAUCCGCGUCCAAACAGGACCAGCCCUUGCCCUCCCCCGCUCCGCGCGGGGGAACCGACCCCAUAACGAACGGCGACUGGGAGGCGUGACCCCCAUGGAGGCGGAAGCAGCGGGAGCGGGAGGAUGCUUGCAAGCUCCCCCGGGUUCCUUGGCCGGGAGGUGGGAGAGCAGGCAGGCAUUCCUCCAGCCCCCGUGGCAACCGCCGCCGGGGGUAAUCAUCGAGGAACGAGAGGACGCGCGGAAAGCCCCUGAGAAGGCUGAAAGAGAGGGACAACUGGCCAUGUACACGGACGGGAGCGAGCCGCAGUCCCCUGCCUCGCAACCUGCACCAAGACCUACCUAG